AUGGCCGAAUACCCAACAAGGCAUUGUGGUCCUUGUCCCCAAUUUAGCUCAAUUUGUGUCGCGAGAAGAAGCUGCCAUUACGAGCAGAAAACAGUUCCAAAUAUUGAAUUUCACGAAUUUCAAAGAUCGGAUGAGCCUGGUUUGGGAACAAAUACGUCGAAUCUUAAGCCAGAUUUACGGUAUCUCCCGUUAAAGAAGUGCACUUUGAAAAUAAGAAUCAGAGAAUAG